AUGAAUUUGGAGUGGAAUCCGCUUUAUCGUUCCGUCUCGGCAAUGAAGUUUCAUCUACUGCUAAUCUGUGUCGCUAUAUCCAUGGGACCGCUGCCUUGCUCGCAGGCAGGGGUGACAGAGGAGCAGAUGUGGUCCGCCGGUAAACUGAUGCGUGAUGUCUGUCUUCCAAAGUUUCCUAAGGUAAGCGAGGAAAUAGCGGACAGCAUUCGCAACGGAAAUAUUCCAAAUAGCAAGGAUAGCAACUGCUAUAUCAAUUGCAUCUUGGAAAUGAUGCAGUCGAUCAAGAAGGGCAAGUUCCAGCUGGAGGCGACCCUCAAACAGAUGGACCUCAUUAUGCCGGACAGCUACAAGGACGAGUACCGAAAAGGCAUAAACCUCUGUAAGGACUCCACCGUGGGCCUAAAAAACGCGCCUAACUGCGAUCCCGCCCACGCCCUCCUCUCCUGUCUGAAGAACAACAUCAAGGUGUUCGUGUUUCCCUAGGAAUUCGGGUACCCCCUUCCGGGCACAACAGAUAAAACAAUUAAAAUUCCUAUUAAAAACCCUUCGAGCUGAUCAAUAAAGGUUAACCAUAGGUAAA